AACUCUGAUUUGGGAAAUCACACUUAGUUAUUCUUCGGUAACUUCCAUUCUUUCUUUAAGGGAAAAAAAAUUACUUCCAUAAUCUGUUUCAUUUCAUUUCUGUUACAGCUUUACUUCAUCAAAGAUGUUGCCAGACACAGCAUUUUUGGGGCUGUCAAUGCAGCACAUUGCACUCCCACUCCCAGUUACAUCCUUAGAAAAAUUCUGACGCCGAGCUUGAUUCUUUUGACUAAUAUUGAAGGUCCAGUCUUAAAAAGCAGCUGUCUGGGUGAAUGCUGGGUCAUAAUUCAAGAUGUAUAUCCGUGAAAAAAGGGGAAGAAUCAGACUUGACCUUGCAGUUUCUUAUUGAGAAGCUUAUUAAUGUCUAAGAGGCUUGGGGUUUCUGAUAUUCUUCAAUGAACUGCUGCAAGACAACAUUCUCCUAGUUCUGAAAUAUUUAUGUGAAGAGUUCAGUUAAAGAUGAAGAAGUGGUUUGGAGGUCUUGUUAUAGUAUUCUUGUUCACGGUACUGGUCCUUAGAUAUAUAAUAAUAGAGAGUCCCUUCGUGGAAAUUGCUUUUCAAAAUCCUUUUUAUCGCAAUGCUUCUGUCCCUCUUCAGUCGGUAAAAGUUGGAGACCCACCAGUUCAAGAACCAAAGUAUGAGUCCCAAGUAGUCUCAACAGAUUCCUUAAUGUCAAGUCUUCUUACUCGUCAGAACCUCUCUGAUAGAGAACAGAAGUCUAUGCAGACAUGGAAUCAUUUAGCUCACUUAAUCAGUCAUGCUGAGGGUUUACCUCAGGCCCUUGAGGCUAUCAAGGAGGCUGCAGUUGUGUGGAAAAAACUUAUGGUAUCAGUUGAAGAUGAGAAACGGAUUGCUUCUGGAAAUGGAAGUGCAAUCCAGAAAGCUAAAGCGAAACAGUGCCCAUAUUCCAUUAGAAGAAUGAAUGCCUCAGAGUUUACUGAUAGUGAUUUCAGGCUAAAGAUUCCUUGCGGACUGGUCCAAGGUUCUUCAAUCACUUUUAUUGGAACUCCUGGAGGAAUCAUGGGCAAUUUUCGGAUUGAUUUAGCAGGAACAACUGUUCCAGGAGAACCGGAUCCUCCUAUUAUGUUGCACUAUAAUGUCCGGAUUCAUGGUGAUAAACUUACUGAUGAUCCGGUCAUUGUCCAGAAUACUUGGACCCUGGCGAGUGAUUGGGGUGCUGAGGAACGCUGUCCUUCUCCAGAUCGUGAACAUAAUAAGAAAGUGGAUGAUUUAGAAGAAUGCGGCACCGUGGUGGGUAAAGAUGAUAAGGGGAUUACUGCUAAUGGUACACUUUCUAGUGUUUCCCAGCGAACUUCUGUAAUGAAAGAGGGCUCUAAGCCAAGACAUUAUUUUCCCUUUAAGCAAGGAUAUCUAGCUGUCGCCACUCUUCGAAUGGGAGUGGAAGGGAUCCAGAUGACAGUUGAUGGCAAGCAUAUAACUUCCUUUGCUUAUCGUGAAAGCUUGGAGCCAUGGCUUGUUAGCGAAGCAAGAUUUUCUGGAGACAUUAGACUGAUAUCUGUGUUAGCAAGUGGCUUGCCAACAUCUGAGGAGCUGGAGCAUGUGAUUGAUUUGGAAAUGCUCAAGUCACCCCCUAUUCCCAUUCAUAAACCUGUAGAUCUUUUCAUCGGAGUCUUUUCAACCGCAAAUAAUUUCAAGCGGAGAAUGGCUGUUCGAAGAUCUUGGAUGCAGUAUGAUGUUGUGAAGACUGGCAAAGUUGCUGUUCGUUUCUUUGUUGGCCUGCAUAAGAACCAAUUGGUGAAUGAGGAGCUUUGGGACGAGGCACGCACAUAUGGUGACGUUCAGCUGAUGCCAAUUGUUGAUUAUUAUAGUCUAAUCACAUGGAAAACCCUUGCCAUCUGCAUCUAUGGGACGAAUGUGGUGUCAGCCAAAUAUGUUAUGAAAACAGAUGAUGAUGCGUUUGUCCGUGUGGAUGAAGUACUUUCGUCUUUGAACAGAGCAAAUGUUACAAGGGGCCUGUUAUAUGGUAGAAUCAAUCACAAUGACCAGCCUCACCGAAAUUCUGACAGUAAAUGGUACAUAAGUUCUGAGGAAUGGCCGGAGGAAGUUUAUCCUCCUUGGGCACAUGGCCCAGGGUAUGUGGUGUCCGGGGACAUUGCAAAAUCAGUGUGCAAGCAGCACAAAAAGGGGCGUUUGAGGAUGUUCAAGUUGGAGGAUGUUGCAAUGGGCAUAUGGAUAGCCGAUUUGAAGAAGAAAGGAAUGGACGUUAAGUAUGUGGAGGAUAACAGGAUUAACAUAGAUGGAUGUGAAGACGGGUAUGUGGUUGCGCAUUAUCAAGGCCCUAGAGAGAUGCUAUGUUUAUGGGAUAAGCUCCAGCAUAGUAAAAGCGCAAGAUGUUGUGUUGAAUAAAAUCGCGUAACAGGGAGUUUUCGAAUGUAUAUGUUCCAAAAGCUUUCAGAAUGCUUUAUAGACAAAGGCAUGCGCAACUCUGGUGUAGGAACUGACUGGGGUUUUUGACUACUAACAACCUGCUGAGAGUGGGAUGAGUGUAGGACUACAGGACUACGUAACAGUGCUGUACCGUGGGUGCAUUGUUUAGCAUAUUACUAGCUUUUUUUUUUGUUCAUUAGAGAGAUUUAAUCAUUUGUAGGUAAGGUGGGAAAGGCUUUUGUAUCAUAAAUAUGAGAGAUGUAUAGGCUUGUAGAAAACAGUGUUGACUAGCAGAAGGGUUUAUUCUUGUAAGUAAAUUGUGUUCACUUCACUUCAUUUCUUAGGAGUCGUAGUCCCUUGAAACA